ACGAGGAUGGAGGUGUAGCUUUUCUUAGUUUUAGGCUGCUUAACUGCCAUUCAAGUGUACAAGGGGGUACUUGCAACAUCUUAUGAGGGGAUUUUUUUUAACCCUGAGUCUCACUGCACAGUUAUUUAGCGACAGCAUACUAAAUACAAGCAAGCUUAAGUAAUUUAAAGUGUCACAGGAACCAUGGCAACGACAGCUCUCACCGGUUUCUCCAUGAUGAGCCUGCUGAGCCUCGGGUACCUGACCUGGGAUCUGAUGAGCCCUAACCAGGUGGAAAACGAUCCAGAAAAACCUUUUAUUGGCAGAUUUCCUGUCCCUCAACCCCCUCAUAUUAUUUUCAUUAUGACAGAUGACCAGGGGUUCAAUGACAUUGGCUAUCAUAGCUCAGACAUCAGGACACCGGUGCUGGAUAAACUGGCUGCGGAUGGCGUGAAGCUGGAGAAUUAUUACAUCCAGCCCAUCUGCACCCCAUCCAGAAGUCAAUUCAUCACUGGCAGGUACCAAAUCCACACUGGUCUUCAGCACUCCAUCAUCCGACCUUGCCAGCCUAACUGCCUGCCCUUUGACCAGGUCACGCUCCCUCAGAGGCUACAGGAACUCGGCUACUCCACCCACAUGGUAGGGAAGUGGCACUUGGGGUUCUAUAAGAAGGAGUGCUUACCCACUCGCCGUGGCUUUGACACAUACUUUGGAUCCUUAACGGGGAGUGUUAACUACUACACCUAUGAUGGCUGUGAUGGCGCUGGGCUGUGUGGCUUCGAUCUCCAUGAGGGGGAGUCAGUCGCCUGGGGUCAGAGCGGAAAAUACUCCACCCAUCUGUACACGCAGAGAGUACGCAAGAUCCUGGCAACCCAUGAUCCUCAGUCCCAACCGCUGUUCAUCUUCCUCUCUUUCCAAGCUGUUCACACACCCUUACAAUAUCCAGAUGAGUACAUCUACCCCUACCUUGGGCUGGAAAAUGUGGCACGCAGGAAGUAUGCUGCUAUGGUGUCAGCUGUAGAUGAAGCGGUUCGUAAUAUAACAUAUGCUCUCCGCAAAUAUGGAUACUAUCAGAACAGUGUCAUCAUUUUCUCUACAGACAAUGGCGGUCAGCCCUUGUCUGGUGGAAGUAACUGGCCUCUUAGAGGACGUAAAGGAACCUACUGGGAAGGUGGCAUCCGGGGUCUGGGAUUCGUCCACAGCCCUCUGUUAAGGAAAAAGAGGAGGGUGAGCAAAGCACUGGUACACAUUACUGAUUGGUAUCCCACAUUAGUGGGAUUAGCAGGUGGUGAUGAGUCCCUCACUGAGGGGGUUGAUGGGUAUAAUGUGUGGGAAGCCAUCAGUGAAGGAAAAGAAUCACCUAGGCUGGAGAUCCUGCACAACAUCGACCCUCUUUAUAACCAUGCACGCACUGGCUCCCUGCAGAAAGGAUACGGGAUUUGGAAUACAGCCAUUCAGGCCUCCAUACGAGCUGGAGAUUGGAAACUUCUGACAGGAGACCCUGGUUAUGGAGACUGGAUUCCACCACAAAUACUUCCAGGUUUCCCGAGUAGCUGGUGGAAGCAGGAGCGUCACACACGUCCUCGAAAAACAGUGUGGCUUUUUAACAUCUCCGGGGACCCCUAUGAACGUUAUGACCUUUCUGAGCAGAGACCGGAUGUUGUGAAGCAGCUGCUUGCCAGACUGGUGUACUACAAUCGCACCGCGGUGCCUGUAAGGUACCCAUCAGAGGAUCCUCGGGCUGACCCCUAUCUGAAUGGAGGUGCCUGGGUCCCUUGGGUAGGAGAUGAGGAGGAGGACAACUGGGGCAGUUUUUUUCAGAAAAAAAGCAUGGAUUGGAAGAAGAAGCUCAAGCUGUCCAAAAGCAGGUCAUUUUUUGGGAAACUAAAAACUCGGAUCAUGUCCAACAUAGUAUAGGAGAACACAACCAAAACAAAAUCACUGGUUUAUCAAGAGGUGCUAUUUUAGUUGAGAGAACAUCUGAAGAUGUGUUCUCACUCAUGGGCCUGGUUUCUGCAAGAUUGAGCUGUAG